UCCAGGCUGCAGCCGGUGUAUCGUGGAGGGUGCGAGGACUCUGACCAACUCUCCACUGUUCAGUCGUCACUAACUUGGCUUCUCCAUGAGCAGCGGCCGCCUGGUGGUCUAACGCAGUGUUCAGUGUGGGGCUUUUCUGCGAACCCAGGUGGUAGCAUGAAGCGGGUCAGCAGCAUGGAGGAUCUGCCACCAUCAACGAACCCAGGUGGUAGCAUGAAGCGGGUCAGCAGCAUGGAGGAUCUGCCACCAUCAAUGUCAGAAGUGAGGGUAGCUCUGCUGGGAAGCGGCCCAGACAAAAGGAAAGUAGUGAACAUCUUACUGCCAGAGACUGGGCCCGAAGGUGUUUCCAAUGACUUCAGGAGACUCACUGAAGGAAGGCUGGUGCUCAUUAACACUCCAGAUCUGCGACCCAGCAACAUGACGACUAACCUUUUGUAUGAUGACUUCGUGAAAAAGUUGGCGGACGUCUCUGAUCCAGGACCUCAUGUGUUCCUGCUGGUUCUGCAGCCUGAAGACUUCAGGGAGCAGAAUAAGCAGAUGUUCUGCAGAGUUCUAGAAUCAUUCAAUGAGAAGUCUUUUAAUCGAGUUCUAAUUCUGAGAUCAACACCCAGAGAGGAGCAGGCAAUGGAGCAACCUUCAUGGAAGACAAUGAUCAGAAAAUGUAGAUACAGAUACCUGGACAUGAAGAACCUUGAAGCUUCAGAGCUGCUGACACGUUUGGGUCAGAUAACAGAAGAGAAUAACGAAGAGCAUGUCAGCUAUGAGGAGGAAUCAGGUUUAACAAGAGAACUUCCUGCUCCCCAGUUUAUUCUGUUGGGAGGAACAGCAUCCGAUCAAAAACUGCUCCGUAAAUUCCUAACUGGCAUGGAAGGAAAUAUCAAAGCUUUGAUGACACCAGAGUCCAGAGGAGAGCCGUUGAAGAUCUUAGGGUGUGAAUUUGGAGACAAUCUUUCUUCACUGAAGCCAGAACCAAAGCUCUUCUUACUCUUGAUUGAACCCAAAGCAUUUUCUCCGGAGCAGAAACAGAAACUGCAGCACACUCUAGUGUCAACUGGCCAAGUGUGUUUUCCACACUCCAUUGUUGUCUUAACUAGCGAAUCAAAAAAGAGCAACAUAUUGGAUCAACUCAUUCAGGAGUGUGGUGGUAGAUGCAGCACCAUGGACAAGAAAGAUCGCAGCCACUUAAAGGACUUGAUUAAGAAAAACCUGCUGGUUCCACAGCAAACAAUCAGACGGCUAAACCUAGUUUUCUGGGGAAGUAAUGAAGCACGCAGUGCUGCAGUUAAAACUGUUUUAGGUCAGUGUGAACACCAACCAGUGUCCUUCCCCGUGGCUGUCAGACAUCAGACAUACGUGUCUGGAUAUCAUGUUUCUAUAUCGGCGCUGUCUGACAUGAGUGGAAAACCCCAGGAGCAAGUUCGAAGAGAAUCGUUCCAGCACAUCUACCAGUAUGAUCCAGAAGGAGUCCAUGCCUUUAUUGUGGUUCUUCCUGUUCGACCACGCACUGAUGAGGAGAAAGGGGAAUUUAAGACGCUCCAGAACACAUUUGGUCAAAGAGUUUUCAGAGACUUUGCAGUGAUCAUGUUCACGGUGGAGUCCAACAUUUCCAACCAAGACGUUAAUGGUUUUCUAAAAGAAAGUCAGGACCUUCAGGAUCUUAUCAAGAGCUGUGGAGGGAGAUACAUCAUCAUGAACAUCACCACUGAGCACCAGGUCCCUGAGUUACUGCGCACUGUCCAUGAGAUGGGAAACCGUGAAGGCAGGCUGUGUUUGUACACAACAGACAUGUUUGUCCAGGCUCAAAUAGAAAAGAUGGCAGAGCUGGAGAGACUGACAUCCUCAAAUAUCAUGAGCUCUGCAGUUAAGGAGGAGAAGGCACCAGAAUGUCUGAGGAUUGUGUUGGUGGGGAGGACUGGAAAUGGAAAAAGCUCCUCAGGAAACACAAUUGUGGGAAAGGAUGUUUUCAAAGCCAAAUCUAGCCAAAAAUCUGUCACUAAAACGUGUGAGAAAGUCAGGGGAGCUUUAAAUGGUCGAGCUAUUGAGGUGGUUGACACUCCUGGUCUGUUUGACACAACACUGUCUAACAAAGAGAUUUGCGAUGAACUUGUUAGAUGCAUGAGUCUCCUGGCUCCAGGACCACACGUGUUCCUGUUGGUCCUGCAGGUGGGCAGAUUCACACAGGAGGAGAAAGACAUACAGAAGUUGAUUCGAGAGGUCUUUGGAGAGAAAUCCAAAGACUUCACAAUGAUUCUGCUCACAGGAGGAGAUUCACUGGUGCAUGAUAAGGUGAACCUUGAGGAAUACAUCAGAGACAGUAAAGACAGUUUUAAGAAGCUGCUGUCUGACUGUGGCAACAGGAUUCAUGUGUUUGAUAACCGUUCCGAGGAUCGCUCACAAGUGGAAGAGCUGCUGACCAAGAUCGACUCCAUGGUAGCACAAACUGGUGGCAGUUUCUUCACCAACCAGAUGCUUGAGGAGGCUGAAGCAUCAAUUAAGAAGAGAAUGGAGAAGAUCCUGCAAGGAAAGGAGGAAGAAAUGAAGGAAGAAGUAGAGAAGCUUAAACAGGUGUAUAAUGACAAAAUAGAGGAACUGGAAAGAAAGAUGCAAGAACAGAGAGCAGCAACUGAUGCAGAGAGAAAAGUCGUAGAAAUGCAGCUGAAGGAAAAGGAGGAAACACUGCACAAAGAGAAAGAGAAAAGAGAGAAAGAAGCAUUAAUUAGAAAAAGAGAAGAAAAAUCAAAGAGAGGCCAGGAGGAAAUUGAAAAGCAGCAGUGGAAGAUUAAACUGGAAGAACUGGAGAGGAAAACUGAAUUAGAAUCACAAGAGAAGAAGUGCGUCGAUGAACAGCUGAUGAGGAGUCGGGAGCAGAUGAGAAAAGAGAAAGAGGCUUGGGAGGAGGAAAGACAGAAGUGGUGGGAGAACCUGAGACAAGAAGAGGAAGAGAGGCAACAUAAGGAAAAACAGAUGAAAGAUGAACAGGAAAGGCAGAGAGAAGCGCAUGAAAAGAACAGGGAGCAGAAUAAAAAAGCCAGACGAGAAAAAGAACUGCAGAAAAGAAAAGAACUGGAAAACAACUUCCAGAAAAGAAUAGAGGAAUUGAAGAGCAAAUAUGAGGAACCAGCCAGAAAACAGGCUGAAGAAUUGAAUGAAUUCAGAGAGAAGUACUCGACCGAGAACAAGUCUCUUCUGGAACAAAAUGAAGAACUUAAAAAAAAGCAAAAGGAAGCUGAAGCGAAAAAGACAGAACACAAGGCAUUUGUGGAAUUAUUAAAUAAGAAACAUGAAACUGACAAGAGUGAUCUAAAAAAAAAACAUGACCAAGAAAUGGAAGAUCUGAGGAAUCAGAAAAGGAAGGAAUCAGAAAAGGAAAAGGAAGAAAAGGAAAAAGGGGGUUCGUGUACAGUCCUGUAGAGGACUUUAAUUGGAUUGAUGGUUUGGACUUAACCUCAAUGGGGAUUGUCAGGAACAGAACCAAGUGGAAGCCAAGUGUGUAUGGUUCGUGGAGUACAGGGAGAAUCGGACACGGGCAUGAAAUUAAACAGUUUCAUUUGUGCUUAUUAGAGAAAGGCAAAAAAAAAAACAGAAGAGAAUCCAAUUAUUCUCCAUUGUAUUCAUUUACUAAUGUAGCUGUGAGACAAUGCAACUUGAACACUAUAAGCGUGUGUUUAAGUGCAGUUAGCAAUUGAUCUUAAAUGUGACCAUUUAAACUAAGCUGCGUAAUUUAACUUAGACUUAAUUUUUUAGAUAUGACAAUCAAAUUAAGUGUUUAAAGAUCAAAGGCAUUUUGCCUUUUUUUUGGUAUGUUGCUGUGACACAGGGGUGUGCUGAUCCUGCUUCAUGAAACUGAAAAAAAAAAUCCUGGGAAAAUAAACACAGGCUUUUCACAUUUCUGAAACAGGCCCCAGGUCGCUUAAGUUAGACGCCCAAAGGGUUCAUGAGCUGACUAUAAACAUAUGUAGACAACAGUCAAAUUUGUGCUCAGUGGCCUACCAGCUUAUAAUAAGUCUAAUGCACAAUACAUUACUUACUUUUCACUAUUUUCCUCAGAUGUCCUGAAAUACACACCGCAGACCUCACUCUUGCCAUGGUUUUUGAUUUGGACAACCUCCUCUUUCACUCGUGAGAGAAGAAAUUAAAAAGGGAGAGCCUUUACAUUCUGGCAAACAGGACGUCCAUUACCACGCCCACAUGCCCCGCCCCCAACUCCACCCCCAGCCCCUCCAUUACACACCAGGACGAAUGUUGUCCACUAACAUAACUUGCUGUGUAAAACAAAAAAAAGACGCUGUACACAUAUAUUUGCACAAAAGUGACUUAUAACGUUAUAACACCAAACAUAUUGCAUCAAAUAUCAUAAAUGUCGUCACAAUAACAAAUUCAUAAUGCAGAAAACACCUGGGGGUCUGGAGGUAUAUUGCUCGAGCAGCUGCAAAGUCAAAAUCAGCAAAUCCACUUCUUCUUGUUCUUCUUUUUUCGUGGUGAAAAAUACUGCGCGGAAACUUCCUUUUCACAGAAAUAUGAUGAGACUAUGAUUGAGGCAUUACGCAGGCACUGAUUAAAUAUUUCCGUCUGAAAGACAAAUGGAUGUCCACUUUUUUACGUUUUGCAGCUCAGGGCGUCCAAGUGACGCCCAGACGCCCCUCUAGCUAAAAGCCUGGUGCCUAACCGCUCAGUGUAAAUGAUGGUGGCGCUCUGCCGUAGCUUAUAUGAGAGCCACUACACCAUCAGAAAAAUGGUCUCUCACAUGAUCGAACGUGUCACGCAUCAUGCAGAUGCACCUGAACAUAUCUUCAGCGUGUUUUUAAUGGAAAAAUCCCCAAAGAAGCCUGAUAGUGAAGUCAGACGUUCCAGCCAACCUAUGUGAAGUGACUGCAGGUUGGAGAGAUUUACCUCUGAUGACCAAUUCAGUAAACGUCAAAGCUUUCCCCUCUGCUUAUUUGUUAGAGAAAUAGGCUCCAACUGGUGACUGGCAAACCAUAUUAUAUUAUAAAUGUGGGAUAAGGUUCAACUUUAUUGUAUCAUUCAUAGUGAUUUGUGAAAUUAAUCACACACUUGUUGUGAUUAUGUAAUAUCCCAUUGUUUAUCAAGCUUUUUGCUUUAUCUUGCUAUGAGCUUCUACGUCAGCAAUAAAUGUGAGAGAUUCUUGACUUCUUUGUUUCUGUGUUUUAAGUGCUAUUUCUCAUGUGAUCAUGCUCGUAGGUUUUGAAAUAGUAGACACACAUUGCAUUGUCCCACCUAAAUGGCCUGUUUGGGAGCUCCAGUGUGUUAAAGACCUGACAGUUGCCAUUUCUACGUAUGUUUUUUUUAAUUGUCUGUUCAUUCAUUUCUUAGUUUCAAUCUAGCUUUACACCACUUGAUAGAGCUGCUUUACUCAUUUUCUUAAGUGAUACAUUCGAAUAUGAAGGAAAAAAUGGUAACUGAGUUUGA